GUAUUUAAAUUUUUUGUUAAUGAAUUUUUACAUAUUUUGUUAACCUGAUAUCAACCAGCACAAACCGGUUGUACUACCGUUACAAGCAUACCAUUUUACUUGAAGUCUUUGCUCUUUGCAUAACCAGUGCAUUUUACUCCGGGACUGUUUUACUCCGCCACCAACCCGCCGAAACACCAUUCGUCGAGCUCCGUCGCGGGGAAGUCACGGAAUCAAACGAACCGCCGCUUAGUUCCCAACAUCUUAUCUGUUUCUGGCGAGGCCUCUUCCGUCGGAGGUACGUGAAUAAGUUAACUGGGUGUUCGUUUGAUUGUCCCAGCGUGAUGUAUGAUGUUUCAGCCAAAUCAAGGCGAUUAAUCUUGCAUUCCCUACUUUCCGUUCAAUACCCAGUAGGCAGCUUGUUGAUCGAAAGCUGAAACCUAGUUUUGAUUUGACUUACCCGAGUAACUACUUACUGCCGUUGUUGGUUCGGUGCCCUAGCGGAUUAGCUAAAUUGCAUUUCACUGCAAAUGUGAUUUAUAUCGAGUGCAGGAGGGGGGCAGGAGGAGGAAGACGGAGGUUUAGCACUUCGGAUUUGGUCUAAAUCUGAACUGGGAUUGGAAUGAAUUUCCCUGUAGAGGAGAGAUCACUCUCCAUGGCCAGGCCCCGACCUUCAUUGUCUAUCAAUGGUGUUCUCCCCCACCAUUUGCUGCUAGAGGUGUUUGGUUGCCUUCCUUUGACAGAUGCAUUUCGGUGUAGGUCAGUUUGCAAGCUCUGGCUCUCUUGUUUACGCGACGAUCCUUAUUUCAUUGGUCAGUAUAUCCUCAGGAGGAUUAGGGAACAGCCACUGAAUGAAGAGGAUCAGGGGCGGACUCAUGUGCAGUGCAAUGUGAGUGAAAUGCUUGUGCUAACUCCCACCUGGAACCUUCCUCCGGGGUUCAGUUUCUCCUUGGAUUUCCUCCCGGUCUAUGCUGGUCUUGAUCGAGACCACAAAACCUUGAAGCAAGUGGUCGAGGGAUUUUCGAAUGGCUUGCUCUUGUGCUCCCCUAAUGUCUACUCUCGACGCCUGUAUUACAUCUGCAACCCUCUCACCAAGCAGUGGCUUGCGCUACCACGUUCUCCUCGUUUCGACCAUCCUUAUUUUCUUGUGGCUUUCUUCUGUGAUCCAUUCUAUAGUCAAGGUGAUAAUGGUUUGAUCACGCUGAAUCAUCGAUUCCGGUUUAAGGUGGUUCGUUUGCUUAACGGUUGGGGUAUCAAGGAAGGGGAAAUCCUCGUGGAGAUGUUCUCGUCACAGAAAGGAUGCUGGACUACUUCGAAGCUGAUCUUACCAGAAUCUGUCUUGCCAGAGCAUUAUCUUCGAUCUGUUGUCCCCUGUAAUGGGAAACUUUAUUGUCUGAUUGAACCAUGUGACACUUUUGUCUAUGAUCCCGACAAGAAUGAGUUUCUUCAAGACUGUAUUCCUCCUCCUUUGAACUUAACAUACAUACAAAAUGACCUGGAGAGGACUUUGGAGGCAUUAACAGGGUUUAGCCUGUGCCGAGGCUCGUUGUGGAUUGGUCAGUGUUUUCCUUGGCACCUGAGAAUAUUUGAGCUCGUAGACGGUGGAUGGCGCAUGAGGCAUGAUGUUGAUGUCUCUGAGCUGGAUUCCUGCUUAAGAGUAAAGGACAUGCUAUUUCCUUAUUCCGAACCAAUUGUGUUCCGGACUAUGCAUCCUCUGGAUUCCAUGCUUGCAUAUUUCAGCGUGGAGAAUGUUAUCCUAGAAUGUGACUUCAGGGCCAAAAGACUGAACUUGGUAUCCGAGUGCGAGCAUGAGGGAAAUCGCCGCGACUGUUUGAACGUGUCGCCUGUUGUGCUUCCGUUGUGGCCUACUCCUCUUCCUGCACUUUGGGCAUGACGAAGUAGCUUUUGAUAGUGAUUGCUGAUGAGACCCUACGAGCAUGGAUCGGCUGCUCUGAUCUCGUGCUUCCUCAGGGUAAAGUACUGAUCUUAUAGGUCCUCAGUUGAUGCAAUGACUAGCCACUCCCUUUCUUAUUUUGUUAUUAUAUGGCAGUAGUAGAUUCUAUUCAUGUUAUGAAACUGGUAGGGGAUGGACUGGUACAAGUUAUUGAUAUUCAUGUUAGACUCAGGGACACUGGUGGUGCUGCAGAUUGAUUCAUGUAUGGGUAUGCUUGGAUGUUGGAUUUGAGAAAUACGAAACAAGUUUGUCGUGGCUUGCUAAAUCAGCUGGGUUUGCUUCAGAGUCGGUCUGGGUACCUGCCUUCUCGAACCCCAAUUGUUCGAGACUGGUUCGUCGGCUCUAACCUUUUGGCUCUUGGAGUCUUGCCCUAUCUACUAUGUUCAUGGUGGGUGAAAGGAGUAGGGUACAGAGUUAGAUUCACUUUUGUGAAUGGUUUUGUGAUCUCACUUUGUAUUGCAUAUAAGCAAGUACUGAAGGAGACGCAUUGCUGGUGAUCCACAUUGCCUUGCUGUAUUCAACACCGUGAUUUUCAAUUAUGUUCAAGUAAGGAUUGUAAAGCCAUACUGUAAAUUAGCGGUUGGGUAUUUUGUGUUUGAAUCUUGGUCUGAUAGUUUCAUAUCGCUAAAAUUCGUCUUAUAAUUUCGCUUCCGUAAGAAAUUUGUUCGAUUGAA